GCAAAAUGUAGCAAAUAAUUUUGUUUUUUAUUCGCAUAAAAAUUAAAAAGUUAUUGUUUACAAAGUUUUUAAUACAAACAUGGUUUGUCGAUUAUGUUUAAAAGAAUUAGAUGACUUAAUUAAUAUUUUCAAUAAAAUUGAUGGUGAACUUAAGAUGUCAGAAGUGGUCAGUAAAUAUUUUUGGUUUGAGCCAAAGAAGGAUGAUCCAAUUUCGACUGUUAUUUGUAAACAUUGUUGGCUGAAAGUAUAUGAUUUUCAUGAAUUUUAUAAAAUGGUACAUUCAGCAUACAGAGUAUUGCAAGAUGGCUUUACAGCGAAAGGUGAAAAUAUGACCCACUGUGAUUCUACAAAUGAAUUUGAAGAAUAUUGUUCUUUACCGUACGAAUGUGAAUCUUAUGAUAGAAUUUGCGAAAUAGGAGAAUUGCCAUAUCAAAUGCAAUCCAAGGAACUCGAAGAAAGUUAUAUAAAAACCUAUAAAAUAGCACCUCGGGAUGUUUUGUCUGAUAAUUCUAUUUGCGACGAGAACCAUCCGGAUACGAAUACAUCUUACAAUGAAAUUAUUGUAGCUACUGGGAAGAAAGAAAAUACAAAAAAUAUUUGUAGGGACAUUAAUGAAUCUGAGUCAUCUAUUGAAAAGAAAAUUUCACAUAAGUCGACUAAGCUCAAAUAUGUUCUAUCUAACUCAGUAAAUAAAAAUACAAUUGCAAGCAACGCCAAAGGUUCAAUGGGAAGAAAGAGAGGUCGUCCAAAAAAAGAGAAAGGCCCAAUGAAGCCACGAAAGAAUCCAGAUGAACAAGAAACAUACAAAGCAAAGAUAAAAGAGUAUGAUGCUGAAAUUGCAAAGUUCAUGUCAUUGUAUUGCGAUAUUUGCAAUAGCAAAUCCGAAAAUUUUCCUGCAUUAAGAGUUCACAUGCGCGAUACACAUAAUAUUAAAGAGGGAUAUGUGACUUGCUGCGAAAAAAAGUUUAAUAAAAGAGCUCUUCUCUUGUAUCACAUACGGCAACAUUUAAAUCCCAGUUGUUAUCGAUGCGAAGAAUGCGAUUUUACAUUUUCCGAUCGUCAAUCUAGACAUAAUCAUUUCUUGGUUAAACAUCAAAAAGACGAAGAUAAAAUUUACGCAUGUUCACAGUGCUCGAAAAAAUUCGUAAGGAAAUAUCUUCUGGAGCAGCAUAAAUCAUUUUCACAUCGAGAUUCUAUACCCAAGUGCAAAAAUUGUGGCAAAAGAUUUAAAACUGUGGAAGAGUUGACUGAACAUAUUAAUAAGGAAGACUGUCAACCUGGAAUAAUGUGUGAUAUUUGUGCAAAAUGUAUUCGGGGAACCGCUGCUUUCAAACGACACCAGCUUGAGCAUCAGGGAGUUGCGGUACCAAAAGUACAAUGUGAUUUAUGCGGCUUAUGGUAUAAAGAUAAAAGGGGGUUAAAGAGACACAAAAGAAAACAUAUUGAAGCAAAGGAACCUCAUGUUUGUGACAUAUGCCAAAAAAUAUCUCCCAGUCGCAGUGCGAUGUUGAGUCACAAGCGUUAUGCCCACGGGACAGAUCGUAUACAUGAAUGUAGUGUCUGUCAAAAGACAUUUAAGAAGCCAAUAUCAUUGAGAGAGCACAUGACAACACAUACUGGAGAAGUCCUCUAUAAUUGUCCACACUGUCCUAAAACGUUCAAUUCUAAUGCAAAUAUGCAUUCUCAUCGCAAAAAAGUGCACCCUAAAGAAUUUGAAGAAACUCGUAAACAACGCAAACAAAAUGUCGCUCUUGGGGAACAAUUGUUGUAAUGAAACAAAUAUUAUCUGUCAGUUUAAAAAACAUUCAUCGAAUACUGGGUGUAAAUAUUAUUAGUAAUUAUAACUACGAUGGCGUUAAGGGAAAAAAUCUCUGAAAAUAUAUUGCAAUAUAUUAAAUGCUCUGUAUGAAUCAAUCAAAACCGUGGGCUAUACUUACGAUGAAUUCAUAAAAUUAUAAAGAAAACAUGGAUUACUAGUAUUAAAAAUAAUUUAUAAACUUUAAAUGAAUUACUCAGAAAAAAGGAAUUAAUAAUUGGAAUGAAUUUUUUAAUAAAUAUUAUUAAUGACUUUUUGUCCCAAACUUUGUUCAUAAAUAUAUAAAAUUGUACAUGAAGGAAAUGUAUGCUUUUUUAAAUAAAUUUGAUGAUAUUUUACAAUAAA